AUGAAGCUACCACUUACAAUUUUACUUGUGGCAUCCAUUGCGACAGCCAUACAAAUCGGCGUUCCCGCGGCUUCAAGUUAUGUCUACAGAAACGACAAUAAUGGCCCAGCCAGUCUGCUACAAUUAGGACAUUUCGCGCAGCCCCAAUUCCUUCCACAGUUGCAAGCACCUCUUGCUCCAGUAAAAGCUCUGGAGGCUUACGAUUUAGCUCCCCUCCCGCUGCCGUACCUUGCAGCUAAACCCAUUGUUAUCGAGGAUGCUGAGGAGGAUUCUGAUGAAUCACAAGAAGAUGGUCUAAUUGGGCUUAGUCAUGAAGGAGCUGGCGGUAGCGACUAUGAAGAGAAACACCAUAAAGCUCACGGUGAAAAGGGAACUAAGGGCUAUCAUUCUAAAGGGCACUUUGCAAAGGGACAAGCUGGUAGCUAUGGAGAAGCUCACAAUGAAGGACAUCACAGCGAAGCAAGUGGAGAAAAAGGCGCCCAUCACGACGAAACCGAUGCUUAUGGAAAACAUCACAAGUCAGGUAAAAACUAUAAGGGUGGAGAUCACGGACACAAGAAAUACCACAGCAAGGGUGAGGACAUAACUGGAUACCAUAAAGUAUUCAACAAAGAUGAGUUCAAGAAAGAUCAUGACUUCUACGAUGUAGCUGACAAUAGCGGCCAUUACAACAAACAUGGUUCCGAGGAGAAACAUUACAGCGAAGAAGAUGGUGAUCAUGCGGAGGGUGGAAAGGGAUCUUCAGGUUAUGAAAAAGGAGAUUUUGGUAAAUCUGGUUACCAUAACAAAGGACAUGUAGAUGAUGGUGAAUCGGCUCACGAAAGCAAGGAAGGUGAAGAGAGUCACUACAACCAUAGCGAGGAUUUCGGGAAAAAAGGCGGUAAUAGUCACGAAAAAGAGUAUGAAUAUGAAGACGUUGAUCACGAAGAUGAUGAAUAA